CCCUGGCACUUACCACUUGAAAAGUUUCCUUGAAGACGCCCUGUCAAAUCCAGUGACAACCACCUACAAUUUUAAAAACGAGGGGAGGAAAAGGCUACCUCUUGUGCAGAGAAAUGACCCGGUGCUCACGGACCUCCCGCAGUACAUGCCCCCUGACUUUGUAGAACUGUUAAGUAGGCAGCUAGCCAGUUACUCCUUUAAAGACAAAGCUCGCCCGAGCAUCAUCUCUGCGAUUUACAAAGAUCAGCUAGCCCAGGAGCAAAAGGCAGCUGCCUCCAAGUACAUCUCCAGGGAUUUUGUGUUUCGUUCUGCAGUUCAAAGAUUCCCAACAGGCUACUUUAUUCCUCAUGAAGGCCCAGGCCCAGGUCACUAUGACAUGAAAAUUCCUCCAACAACUUGCAUUACUUCUUGUUUUCAGUCCAAAGUACCUCGGUUCCUGCCUCUCUGUUCAAAAACCCCUGGCCCAGGUGCCUACACGUCUUCCAAGCAGUUCCCCAGGCAGUCCCGGACCAUUGCCAAAAUGGGCCGAGAACACAGCUUGUUCUUCAACAACACCAUCGGCUUUUAAAAUAAACACGUCUUAAAACAAUCACUGUUCACUGGAGCACUGUCAUCCUGUUGCUCAUUGAUUUGUUCGAGCGGGCACCAGUAACGUCUCUCAUUGUGAGACUUAUUGUUACUGUUUUUGGCAUAUCCAAUACGCCACGGGUAGCUUGCCAGGCUCUGCCGUGUGGGCUCGAUACUCUCGAGAGCUUGCCGGGCUCUCCGAGAGGGGCGCAGGAAUCGAACACGGGUCGGCCGUGUGAAAG